CGGAGCGGAUCUUGAAACAGCAAGUCCGCGAAACGCUUCCCCCCAGUAGCACGAGAUGGUUCUGCCGCGAAUCAGAAAUCUAGUUGCACCGCUGUGCUUUCUGCUGCUCGCGAGUUGCUGGCUGGUGAACGAUGUAGACUGCGCCAAGAAGGCCGCGGCCCCGGCGGCUGCGCCCGCUACCUCGGAUGCCACGAUCGAAGAAGUGUCAGCCAAGCAGCUGGAGCGGUUACUAGAGGAUAAGGAUUACGUUGCGGUGUACUGGUAUGCCAGAAGUUGUACCACGUGUGACACAGUAUUAGCUGAGCUAGAGCACAUCGACGAUGAUACCGAUUCGUUCGGUGUCGAUUUCGUGAAAAUCAACGACAAACGACUCGCGAAGCAAUAUGGCAUCUCGAAGUUCCCAGCACUUACGUACUUCAGAGAGAAGGAACCAAUCAUCUACGAGGGAGACCUUAUGGAUGAGGCCGGCGUGCUCGACUUCCUCACCUCGCUGGAGGCGAUGGAUCUCCCGGACCGGAUCGAGGAGGUCAACUCCAAGAUCCUGUCGAAAAUCAUCGAAGACUCCGACUACGUGGCCGUGCUGUUCUGCACUGAUCACGAAAACUGCCCACCCGGAAACAACAACAAGCCCGAGUGCAAGAAGUGCAUCAAGGCACUGCAGGAGCUGGAAAACAUCGACGACGAGGCAGACCAGCUUGACAUUGGAUUCGUGAAGAUCCACGACGAGGAUCUGGCCGAAGAGUACAAUCUGGGCGCCCUGCCAAAGCUCGUCUACUACCGUCACCAGACUCCGAUCGUCUACGAGCAUGAGCUGCAGCGCGAGGAGGACGUGCUGGAGUGGUUGGUGGAGAAUAAGGCCACCGGCGAUGAGGAUGAUGUCAUCGAGGACGUCAACGCCAAGACGCUCAAGACACUGAUCCAGAACAUCGACAAUUUGGUGGUGCUGUUCUACGACGACGGUGAUGAGGAAUCGGAAUCGGUGCUGCAGGAGCUGGAAAACAUCGACGAUGAUUGCGCCAAGCAUGGCAUCCAGUUCGUCCGGAUCGACGACCCGAAAGUCUCGAAGGAGUACGGUAUCGAUGAGGUUCCCGCCAUUGUGUACUUUGAGAAGCAGAUCCCGAACGUGUACGAUGACGAUCUGUCCGAUGAGGAGGAGAUUCUGGAGUGGCUGCUGUCGCAGCUGGAAAAGGACGAGAUCGAGGACGUCACCGACGAGAUGCUGGACAAGCUGAUCAAGGAGGGCAAAUCGAUCGCCGUGCUGUUCUACGAUAACAAUGACAAGAAAUCGGAAAAGGUGCUCAACGAGCUCGAGAACAUUGACGACGAGUGUGACCAGCUCGGUAUUAACUUCGUCAAGAUGGACGACACCGAGGAGGCGAAAGACUACGGUGUGACCAAGUUCCCGAAGCUGGUCUACUUCGAGCAGGGCAUUCCGACCGUCUACGAGGGUAGCCUAGAGCAGGAGGAGGAUGUGCUGGACUGGCUCGAGCGGCAGACGAGCAGCGACGAGAUCGAGGACGUCACCGACGAGAUGCUGGACAUGAUCAUCGAAAAGAUGCAACACGUGGCGGUCCUGUUCUACGACAAGGACUCCAAGACAUCGCAGAAGGUGUUGGCCGAGCUGGAGAACAUCGACGACGAGUGCGACCAGAACGACAUUGCGUUCGUCAAGAUCGAUGACGACAACGAGGCCAAGGAGUGGGGCAUUGAGGAGCUGCCAACGAUGAUCCUGUUCGAGCGUGGCAUUCCACACAUCUACGAAGGCGACCUGCUGAAGGAAGACGAACUGCUCGGCUGGUUGGUGCACCAGAAGCGCCACUCGGAAAUUCCAGAAAUCACCGACGAGAUGAAGGACAAGCUGAUGCAGAUGUACGAUCACGUUGCAAUUAUAUUCUAUGAUAAGGACGAUAAGCAGGACAUCCGGGUGCUGAACGAGCUGGAAAACAUCGACGAUGAGCUGGAGAAGGAGGAGAUCGUGAUCGCGCGGUUGGACAACGCGGAGGAGGCGCGCGAGUACGGGCUCGACCAUCUGCCCGCGCUGGUCUACUUCGAGAACGAGAUCCCGGCCAUCUACGAGGGCGACCUGAUGAACGAGGAGGAGGUCCUCGAGUGGCUCAAGCUGCAAAAGUACUCGGCCACCAUCGAGGAGGUGACGGACGAGAUCCUGCAAGAUCUGAUCGAGGAGCACGAGUACGUGUGCGUCUACUUCAGUGGUGCGUGCGAGGAGGGGGAAAAGUGUGACAAAAUCUUGGACGAUCUCGAAAACAUCGACGACGAGCUGGACGAAGCCGGUAUCAUCUUUGUCACCACCGAAGACAUGGUCACUGCCAAGAAGUACAACAUCAAGAACCUGCCCUCGUUGGUGUUCUUCCGCAACAAGGACCCACUCAUCUACAGCGGUGACCUGAACGACGAGGACGAGGUACUGGCGUGGUUGACCGAUGAGGAAACGCUCGAAAUUCCCGGCAAAAUUGAGGAGGUGAACAACCGGAUGCUGGAGAAGAUCCUGUCCGAAAACGAGCACAUCGUAGUGUUCUUCUAUCACGACGACGACAAGAAGGCGCAAAAGAUCAUCGCCGAGCUGGAGAACAUUGACGAUGAGUGCGAGGAAAAGGACAUCGAUUUUGUGAAGACGUCGGACGACGACAUCGACAAGGAGUACGAUCUCGAGACGCUCCCGGCGCUAGUGUUCUACCGCAACAAGUUCCGCACGAUCUACCCAGGCGACCUGAUGAAGGAGGACGAUAUCCUCGAGUGGGUCCUGCAGCAGUACAACACCAAGCCGGAAAUUAUCGAAUCGGUGGACCGCAAAACACUGCAAGUGUUGGUCAACGAAGUCGAACACUUGGCCGUGCUAUUCUACGAUGACGAUUGCGAGUCGUGCCCGAAAAUCUUGGAAAAGCUCGAAACCAUCGAUGACGACACCGACAAGCAUCACAUCCAGUUUGUGAAGGCCAACGACGAAAAGUUGGCCCACGAGAUCGGCAUCUUCUCGUUCCCGGCCCUAGUCUACUACGAAACGGGUGUCCCGAUUAUGUACGAUGGGGAUCUGAGCAACGAGUACGAUGUGCUGGACUGGAUGCACGGUCAAAAGACGGACGAAAGCAUCCAGGAGGUGGAACGGGACGAGCUGCUGCGCAACAUCGAAACCAAAGACUUCCUGGCGGUGGUUUUCUAUGUGGAAGAAGAUCCCAAUACACCGAAAAUCCUGCGCCACAUUGAGCUGAUCGACGACGAGGCGUCCGACUACGGUAUCCUGCUGGUCAAGUCGAGCGAUCGGCUGAUGGCGAAAAAGUUCGGCUUCCGCAACCCGCCCGGUGUGACGUACUUCCGCAAGGGCAAAUCGAUCAACUACGACGGAGACAUGGACGACGAGGAGGAGCUGCUCGACUGGCUCACCGAUCCGCACAACAUGGAAAUGACCGACCACAUCGAGAAGGUGAACCGAAAGAUGUUCCAAAAGAUCCGCCAAGCGUCCGACUACCUGGCCGUGUUCUUCUACAGUGACGAUUGCAAGCAGUGCCCCCGGGUGUUGGCCGAAAUCGAGCACAUCGACGACGAAGCGGACGGUGCGGGCAUCAACUUUGUGAAGAUCGACGACAAACAGAUGGCCAAGGAGCUCGGUGUGUACGCACUGCCCGGUAUUGUGUUUUUCAAGCUCUCCUCCAAGGAGCCUGUCAUCUACGCAGGCGAUCUCAACGAUGAGGACGAAAUCCUCAACUGGCUGAUGACACAGAAAAACCCGGGCGGCGACGUCAUCGAGGACCUGGACGGAACGAAGCUGUUGGUUCUGAUCGAAGAGUCGAACGCGCUGGCGGUUUACUUCUGGAACAAAACGACUUGUGAGGCUUGCUUCACGAAGGCUGCCAAGAAGCAGCGCAAGGCGAAGGAGCGCAAAGGGGCGCUGGAUCCAGUAGGGUCCAGUUCGGCCGAGGUGACGGACGACGGCACUGCCGCUGAGGAUGGAACAGAUGCACCGCCAGCCCCGACGACACCCGCACCAACACCACCGCCAACGGUGGCCUCCACCGAGGACACGGAUGAGUGCGAGCAGUGCUCCGGGGUGUUGGAAUCGCUGGAGAACAUCGACGACGAUUGCGACCGCCACGGUAUUCUGUUCGUGAAGACGGACGACAUCUCGAUCGCGGAACAUUACGGCAUCAACGAGUACCCGGUGUUGGUUUACUUCGAGGACAACGUGCCGAAUGUGUUCGAGGGAUUGCUGGACGAAGAGGAAGAGGUCCUACAGUGGUUGAUCACCCAGAAGACGGAGGAUCGCAUCGAGCUGAUCACGCGCGUCAUGCUGGAGUCGAUGGUCGACGAAACGCAGUAUCUGGCCGUUUACUUCUAUAAACUCAAAUCACCUUCGUACUGCCGAAGUUUUUGUUCAGCGGAAAACAUACGCAAGCGCAGGGAGUUUGCACGGGAAGGCAUUUCAGACAAGAUCAACUGCAACAUUUGCGAUCAAAUCCUGGAGGGAUUGGAGGUGAUCGACGACGAACUGGACGUUUUCGGUAUCCACAUGGUCAAGAUUCAGGAUCCGCAGCUUGCGAAGCGCUACUCCAUCAAGACAUUCCCGGCACUGGUGUACUUCAGAAACGGAAAUCCACUGAUCUUCGAGGGCGACCUCCAGAACGAGCAGUCGGUGCUCGAGUGGCUCGUCGACGACGAUAACCGCGAGCUGGCGGACGAGAUCGAGGAGGUGAACGAGCGUAUGCUGGACCGUCUGAUGGAGCAAUCGCCGCUGCUGUGUGUGUUUUACUACGAUGAGGAUUGUGCCGAGUGUGACGACAUUCUGGAGGAACUCGAACUGAUCGACGGUGAGGUCGAUCUGUACGGUAUCGAUUUCGUGAAGGUGGCCAGUCUGGACGCGGCACACAAGUAUGGCGUUACGACGAUCCCGUCGCUGGUGUACUACCGCAAGCAGAUCCCGAUGCUGUACGACGGUGAUAUGCACGAUCACGAGCGGGUGAUGAACUGGCUCACGUCGCAGGACGUGUUCGAGAUCAAGAACGAGAUCGAGGAGGUGAAUCGCAAAAUGCUCAACAAGCUGCUCGACGAAAACGAGUUCCUGGCGGUGUACUUCUUCGAAGAGGACCACGAGGAAAGCGAGGCGGUGCUGGAGAAGCUCGAGCUGAUCGACAGCGAAACGGACAAUCUGGACAUCACGUUCGUGAAGAUGGGUGACCCACGGUACGCGCGCAAGUGGGGCGUAACGAAGCUGCCGGCGAUCGUGUACUUCCGCAAGCGCUUCCCGAGUAUCUACCGGGGCGACAUGUACGACGAGCAGGAUGUGCUCGAAUGGCUGCGCAAGAACCGGUUCCGCCAGCCGGAGCUGAACAUUUUCAUGUACGCCAUGAUCGCGCUCGGCCUUGGGUUCGUCAUCUACACUGCAUUUUUGCUCCAGUGCUUCAAACCGGCACCACCUGCCCCCGUGCCACAUCCGAAGCAAAACUAACUGGCCCCCCGUAACAGCUGGCUGGCAGCACUGGACUGAACGACUUAGUUUGGCGCUUCCAUUUGCGAUGGCCCUUUCCAAGCAGAACUCAGACACACGGCGGGCCGGGCCGGGCACUACAAACGACGUAGCGUUAUUAUUAUUACGAUUAUUUUAGUUUCUACUUACCCACAAUGUGUACUGCCCGCGAACUUUAUUACUGUUUAAAUCUUUUGUUCUCAAAUGGGGGCGUGCUGCUCACCGAACAUCCUCUCCAGUCAAUCGGUUGACUUCGGCAUCUCGCCCCCCACGCCAUAAAGGGUUGGAAAAAUUGAUGCAGCGACCCUGUAAAGAAGCCGUUACGUCUGUGCUGGAACCGGAACAAAAACCCACAAAAACAAAAAAGAGAGUAAAAUAAUUAUAAAUGGAACCAAAAAAAAUGAAAGGAAUUUAACAAAACAGUAGAUUGUCCCUACAAAAGAAAGCAACAACGAACCUCUCUCGAACUGUAAAAAGCAAAUACAAAGAUGCAUUUUUUUCUGUUGGUGAGUUUUUGAGCACACACCCAAACCCAAACAAUGAAAUGGAGUGGAAAUCGUUCGGUUGCAAAUCGUCCAACAAACGCCCAACGGCGGUCAACGACGGAGUAUCGGUUACAACACUCAGCAAUAAAACAAUGUGAAACCCCUUCGAACGGCCUGUCACAUGUCGCGCCCCGUUUGACCCCGGGAAGGAUGGGCACCUUUUAUCCCGUGUCGGCAAAAGGAUUCUUGCCACACGCCUCCGAUGGGACGGGAACGACAGAAGACACGACAACGAUACGAUACACGACUAGCGGACGACGCGACAACGAGACGAUCACGACGAAAAAGGUAACGAAAGCACCGUCCCGGAGAACAUUGCAACAUUGUUUCAGGGCAUCGAAAGGACCUCGAUAC